UCGGUGGUCUUACUACGGGGGAGGGGUCCCAUCCAGCGCCGCGCCCCAAGUCGACUCCGAAAGGGAAAGGCUUUCACCUCGCUCGCCAAACCCGCGUCCGCCUCUUCGGCUCCUCUAGCAGAUCCCACCGAACAAUCUCCUCUCCUCCUCCAGAUCUUGGCCCCUCGCCGCCGAUCGAGCUUGUCUCCGCACACCGGUUCCUCGGUUCUGCCAGCAUGAAUAACCUCCUCUCAGAAUCCUUUGAGCUCUCCCGAGGUGAGCCUUCGAGAGACAGAGACAUCGAAUUAGGACUACAGCAAACAAUGAAUGUCGCUGAACAAGGAUUGGAAAAAUUUUUUAAGCAGGUCGAAGAAAUCGAGAAACUAAUUGAGAAGCUCUCAAAGCUAUCAGCAAAUCUUCAGGCUGCAAAUGAGAAAUCCAAAUCUGUUACGAAGGCAUCUGAUAUGAAAGCAAUCAAGCAGCACAUGCAAAAAGAGAUUGAUGAAGUGGGAAAAAUUGCACGUUUAGCAAAGUCAAAUCUUGAAGAACUGGACCGAGAUAACCUUGCGAGUAGACAGAAGCCAGGAUGUGGGAAGGGUUCAAGUGUAGAUCGUUCCAGGACUGCAACCACAGUAGCACUGAAAAAGAAGUUGAAAGAACGCAUGUCUGAAUUUCAGACUUUAAGGGAAACAAUCCAUCAAGAGUACCGGGAGGUUGUGGAAAGAAGGAUUUUUACAGUUACUGGUAAUCGAGCUGAUGAAGAGACAAUUGAUCGUUUAAUAGAGACAGGAAAUAGUGAGCAAAUAUUCCAGAAAGCAAUUCAAGAGCAAGGACGAGGCCAGGUGAUGGACACACUUGCUGAAAUCCAGGAGCGGCAUAAUACUGUAAAGGAUCUGGAGAGGAAGCUGCUUGAACUGCAACAGAUUUUUCUUGAUAUGGCAGUGUUGGUUGAUGCUCAAGGGGAAAUGCUCGAUAAUAUUGAAUCCCAGGUUUCAAGUGCUGUGGACCAUGUUCAAUCUGGGACGGUUGCUCUCCAGAAAGCAAAGAAGCUGCAGAAGAACUCGCGCAAGUGGAUGUGCAUAGCCAUAAUCAUUCUCCUCCUAAUUGUUGUUAUCAUCGUCGUCGCGGUAAUUAAACCAUGGAGCAAGGGCACAUAAGACAAGCCAGAUGUUAAUUACAGUGAUGUGCAAAUUCCAUCUCUCAUGUUCAGUAUAUAGGUGUAUUCUUUCUGAAAACACUAGAUCUGUAACCGGUUCUUUACGUCUUUCUGAUUUCUGUAAGGUUUCUGGUUAUCUGAUAUUAGCAAGUGUGAUGUUGUCAUGGUGAUUGAACGAGGCCUGCAGUUUCAAUAUUUGUGUUACAAUUGAACCUGGAAAUUUAUAUUCAUCUUUUGUA